UAUUUUGGUUUCUCUGUCUUCCCGGUUUCCCAAACGUUUCGCAAACAUGGCGAGCGCAAACUAGCUCUGCUUCUGCUUGAAAAAUGGAGGCCCGAAGGCUCGCCAUGAUCUGCUCCCAUAUCCUACCCGGUUUGAUUCCGGCUACGACCCGAUUAGCUCCCGUUGCUAGGUCCAAUUGCCAUUCCUGUUUGAACAGUAAGCAGUGGCCCAGUGGCUCCGACGAGGGGAAUAGCCAAAACGGCUGCGUUUUCUGUAAAAUUAUUCGCGGCGAGUCACCGGCUUUUAAGCUCUACGAAGAUGAUGUUUGCUUGUGCAUAUUGGAUACGAAUCCGCUGAGUCGUGGGCAUUCUCUGGUUAUCCCCAAAUCGCAUUUUUCUUCGUUGAAAGCCACACCUCCGGAUGUGGUAGCUGCAAUGUGUUCAAAAGUGCCCUUUAUCAGCAGCGCAAUCAUGAAAGCCACUGGUUCUGAUUCGUUCAACUUGUUAGUUAACAACGGCACAGCUGCAGGCCAAGUUAUAUUUCAUACUCAUAUUCACAUAAUACCGCGCAAGGCCCUUGAUAGCCUCUGGGCUUCUGAGGGUUUGCGGAGGUGGCCCCUGAACGUAGAUCGGGAAGCAUCUCGACUUGCAGAUCUUGUUCGAGAGCAAUUGUCAUUAUCAGAAAACUCCAGAAACAGCAAAGGAGACGAGCACCGAUCAACUAUGAGAGCAUAAACUUGUGUUAAAGGCAGAAUGUCUAACAUUUACCUCAACCGCAUUUCCAGGUUCUUCUAAUCCAUUUUCUUGUGCAUUAACAUUGUGAUGUGUCUAUUAGUAUGCAUUAAAUUGUGUUUUGAUGUGUCUAUUAGUAUGCAUUAAAUUGUGUUUUACUUGCAUUAAUUAUUCCUUAAUACAAAGAUUUGAGAUUUUUGUGUACAAUCGAGUAAGUAGAGACGUGAUAUUUUUUUGUUGGUGAUA